UCCGUUUCAAAUUUCUUCACAGAUGGACCACAGAAACAAAGUCUCUGGUAGAAAUUAAAUAAGCGGAUAGAAUGGCCACUAUCAAACCUGUGUAAAAAUGGCGGGGUUUAACGGUCCCUAUUUUAUUUCCUAACACUAUAUAACGCUGUAUAUGGACAUGUGUUAAACAUUAGAAACACAUACAAACAUAACUCUCAGCUGUACGCAGUUGCCCUAUCUCAGACAGUCGAUGUAUUUGUCCAAAGGACUGCGUGUAUUUUUAGCGCCCAUGUCAGAGGUUGAAUGUCAGAGGUUGAAGACACGCAGACGUUACAGGACAUUUGUAUGUAGUCUGAAUUUACAGGAAAUGGUUGUGUUCAGGUUUGGUGUCAUCUUGACCCCUGAGUGUUCAGAUAUCGAGGUGUUUGUGUUGGGCUCUCGGUCGGAGAUGGGACACUGGGACCCGAACCUAGCCGUUCCGAUGAAGUCCAACCGCUCGGUUCUGUCCGCCAGUGAGCCGAGUCUGUGGAUCGGAGACGUGCAUCUGUCCGAACCGUACACAGAGAAACUGUGGUUCAAAUUUAUAAAGAAGGUCGCAGGAAACUACAUUUGGGAAGGCAAUGGCCCGCAUCAUGACCGUCAUUGCGUGUAUGAUGACAGUAACAUGGUGGACGGAGUAUACUGCCAUCCGAUUGGUCACUGGAUCGAGGAAACUGGCCAUACAGAUGAGAUGAAAUACACUACUAACUUCUACUUCAGUGUGGCGGGACAGCAGGCCAUGCACUUCUCUCAGGUUCUGCCACAAGUCUGGUUGGGCAGCUGCCCUCGUCAGGUCGAACAUGUGACCCUGAAGCUGAAACACGAACUGGGCAUUACGACAGUGAUGAACUUUCAGACAGAAUGGGAUGUCGUAAACAACUCACACGGCUGCCGGCGCGACCCCAGCCAGCCCAUGACCCCAGAGACCAUGAUGCACCUCUACAGAGACUGUGACCUGGCUUACAUCUGGAUCCCCACCCCAGACAUGAGCACAGAGGGUCGUACACGGAUGCUGCCCCAGGCAGUAUACCUGCUCUAUGGGCUUCUGGAGAAUCAUCACACAGUUUAUGUUCAUUGUAACGCAGGUGUGGGCCGUUCCACUGCGGUGGUUUGCGGUCUCCUGAUGUACGUAUUAGGCUGGAGUCUCAGGAAGGUGCAAUACUACCUCACCGCCAGGAGGGCGGCAGUCUAUAUAGAUGAAGAAGCACUUGUGCGGGCUCAAGAUGACUUUCACAUGAAAUUUGGAAGACUCCGUCCUUCUGUCUGCUACCCAGAGACAUGAGAACAAUACCCUCUACUGGUUUUGAGGACAAAAUUGAGAUCUAAAUUAAAUGCAGUUGACCCUUCGCGAAGCUCUGCCCCCUUUGGUUGGUUGCUCACUCUGACAAGCUCUGCAGAACUUCCCAUUGGAAUGAAUGGGAGAUUGCUGUGGCUUGAACGACGAGUUUUUUGGCAAAAUAUACUCAUAAACGGAAUGGAUAAUAUUUUUACGUGGGCUGGUAUGAAGAGUGACAUUGUAAUGCAUAUUUGUCUGUAGUUUUUUUGUAUAAGAAAUCAUUAAAUUACACAAAAAUUUGA